AUGCAUCCCCUCCCCCCCUCAACUCGCGAGUACAAACCAGCGAGUAUGUUUGACAGAGGACAGGGGUCGCGCGCAUCAGGAAGAUUCGCCUACAAUCACUUCCCCUGUUUCUUUGAGCUCCGGCUGAAGGGUUGGGGUGCUCUGAGGUGGGAGUGA